AUGAGCCAGCAACAGCUCUAUCUACAGGAGAUAGACCCGUCUCCGCUGGACGAAAUGGACGGUGACAUAGACCUCGAAGCCGCUGAUGGCUCCUCAAAAGCUUCUAGAGGCCCGUCGGGAGGUCAUGAUCUGCCAUCACGGCCGAAGCUGGGCUUAAGCGGCCACAGCUGGGACUACUGGUUGUCGGCCGUCCAGAAAUACUCUACAUAUCCACCUACUGUCUUUCUAGGGCUACACUUUACAAACACAGCACUUAUACCGCUAGCGACUCGGUCCGUGUCUGAAAGCGAGACCUUCCUCCUCCUCACCCGUCCAAUAUACCAGGCUCCAGGACUUGAACCACUGAUAGUCUACUUGCCUAUCUUGGCGCACGUCACAUCUGGAGUCAUACUCCGAUACCUCCGGCAGUCUCGACGAGCUCGGCAGUUCGGUGCAGAGACACGAGAGCAACGAAAAGCCAUCAAGUCAACUGGUAGGCCGGCAAGUGUCCAGGCGAUGCUAGGCUACGCGAUGAUACCGUUGAUCGGAUCACAUAUACUUGCCAACCGGCUUGUUCCGCUCUAUGUUGACGGUGGCAGCUCUGGAGUUGGGCUUGGUUACGUGGCCCAUGGAAUUGCCCGGUCACCUUGGCUCAUGGGGGCAUGGUAUGCCGCGCUCACUGGCAUUGGAGUAUGGCACUUUGUCGGCGGCUGGGCCUGGUGGUUUGGAUGGAGAGAAGUGCUGGUCACUAAGAGGGCUGCUCCAAGCCACGGCAGUAGCGCUUCGGGAGCCAACGGCGGCUACCUGGGCUCCCAGAAGGGUACCGAGCUGUACCAGAGGAAGCAGAGACGGCGUUGGAUUGUCAAUGGCACCUCGCUAGUUGGAACAGCUCUCUGGCUUGCUGGUGGUCUCGGGAUUAUAGGAACGGGCGGACUCGGAGUUGGAUGGGAGGCCAAAGGUUGGGAUGCCCUGUACAGCCAGGUACCUCUGCUCGGCGGCCUACUUGUGCCCGAUAAGUAG